AUGAGAGUAACAAGGGAAGAUGAAGGAACAAGGAACAAAACAAGGAACAAGAACAAACAGGAGGAACAAGGAACAAACAAAAAAGAGACAAAAAGGAACAAACAAGGGAAGACUAGACAAACACUAAGAAAGGAACUUGAGGCAAACAAGGGAAGACAAGGGCAAACAAAGAGGAGCAAGGAACAAGCCAAGGAACACAAGGGAAUUAAACCAAGAAGGAACAAGGAACAAACAAGGAGGGCAGAACAAGCAAGAAAGAACAGGGCAAGCAAAGAGGGAACAAGACAAACUAUUUCAGAAGAACAAGAACAAGCAAAGAAGACAAGGACAAACAAAGAAAGAACAAGGAGACAGCAAAAAGGAGGAACGAAGACACAAACAGAGAACAAGGAGCAAGCAAGAGGAACAAAAGGAACAAACGAGAGGAACAAAGACAAGCAAAGAGAUGAACAACAAAUAAGGAGGAACAAUGAACAAACAAGACUAAAGGAAGCAAGCAAGGAGACCGAACAUUUUUCUCCAGGCAGGGCUGAAGCCAAGCAUGCUCAAGUGAUCUUGAUGCAUGGCUGA